AAAAACGAGUAUUUAUAAUUACUAAUUACUCCACCUUUAAAAAAGUUAUUCUAAAUCCUAAUAUUUCAAUAAGUUAUAUAAUUUUAAAUGUUACAGAGGUUUAACCAAAUGGAAGGAGAAUCGACAGUUUUGGCUAUUGAAAUAGAACGUUUAGAGACAGAAUGGACUGAGUUGCUUCAAAAUGUGAAAGCUCCGGACAUGGAUGAAUUCCACAUGCAAUGUAUUUAUAGGGUACCACCAAAUAUUCGUGAAAGUAAUGCCAAGGCCUACACACCUCAAAUUCUUUCCAUUGGCCCUUAUCAUCACAAAGCAAGUCAUGUUGGUGAGGAAGACAACAGUUUUGAGGCAAUGGAAAAGCUUAAACUCAACUAUGUCAAGGGAUUUAUAAAUCGAACACAACUACCUAUGAGAGAACUUAUUGUUAGAAUUAAAAACUUGGAAGAAAAAAUUCGUUGUUGUUAUGCAGAGCCAAUUAGAUAUAAAAGUGAUGAUUUCUUAAAGAUGAUUUUAGUUGAUGCUUGCUUCAUAAUUGAGCUUUUCUUGAGAUGGCGUAAAUUCACAGACUGGGUGGGAAAAGACCCUUUGUUCCUACAACAAGGCACCAUGGGAGUGGAUAUUCAGUGUGACUUGCGACUACUGGAAAAUCAACUUCCAUUCUUUGUUCUUGAACACCUUUACAACCUCACUGGUAUGAAUGAGAAAUUUCUUGACAUUUCUUUCAGCUAUUUUCAGCACACAAGUUUAAGAAACGUGUGUCCAGGAGAAAGUCCAAAACACUUAACUGAUUUGUUAAGAUCUUCUAUAAUAUCAUCAUCAAAGCUUGGUCUUGAAAAACUGGAACAACGUAAACACGUUAAACGUGUACACAGUGCAAGUCAACUAAUGGAGGCGGGUAUUGAGUUCAAAGUCAGUCCAGAUGAUAGCUUAAUUGACUUGACCUAUUCUAAAUAUGGAGUGUUGAGCAUGCCAAUCUUGAAUAUAUAUGACGAUACAGAAGUUCUGUUCAGGAAUAUAUUGGCAUAUGAACAUUGCCACAUUAAUGUCACUGCAUUCAUCAUUACACAGUAUGUACUUAUUCUAGAUUUUCUUAUCAAUACGGAAAAAGAUGUGAACAUACUGGUUGAUAAGAAAAUUAUUGUCAAUUGGACCGGUGAUGCUAAUAAAGUGGUUACAAUGAUUAAUAACCUCACCUCACAACUUAACAUGCCAUCUUUCAAUUCCCACUAUUUCUCUCUAUGCAAUGACUUAAAUGAAUUCUAUGAAAACCCUCGCAACAAGUACAAGGCUAUCUUCAUACACGAGUACUUCAACACUCCUUGGAAAAUAGCAUCUACUACUGCUGCAACUCUACUACUUUUCUUCACGUUUAUUCAGACUGUAUGUUCAAUCAUCACACUCUUUCAUGGUAAGAAAUCAUGACAUAUCAUUAGUUAACUACAGAUAUGAACUAUUGCAACGGAUAAAAUUAGCUACGUUAAAUUUGCAGGUAAUUAAAGAGAGGAUUCA